GUUGACCGUGGAGUUGAGAUCUCCGGGAGGCGCCGUGCCCGGGCGGGGCGUAGCGCACAGGCGCGGUUGCAUGAAGAUGGCGGAGGGCGCCGAGCGUGAGGAGCGGGCGCGGCGGCUGGUGCGGUUGACCGGGGCGGCGGAGGAAAACGCCAACGCCCGUCUGGAGGCGACCGGCCGGGACGUUCAGCUAGCACUAUCUAGUUUCUUUGAGGAUGGCAGUGACAAUCAAGCAGUUCAAGAUGUACCAAAGUCUAAUAAUGCCUCUAAUUUCAGACCUGCAGUUCGUAGCUCUGGUGCCUCCCGGAUAUCUUCCUUGAAAGACUUGAAGAAGGAACAAAGUAACAGCUCGGCUGAUAUGGGUGAACACUUUUAUGCAGGUGGUUCUGAACACAGUGGCCAACAAAUAGUUGAACCGCCAAAGAAGAAGAACCUAAAUGACAUUGUGGAUGACCUUUUUAAAGGAGCUAAGGAACAUGGGGCAGUUCCAGUGGAUCAGUGGUCAGAAAGUGUCGGCGAGGCAAACAGAGCUGUGCCAUUUGCUGGUGGUGGAUACCGAUUGGGAGCAUCGUCACAAGAAUCAUCUGAAUAUGUUUCACAAGAUAAAAAACAAGAUUCUAACCUUGACGUUCAGAUUUUGCUAAAGUUGUGGAAAAAUGGCUUCAGCUUGGAUGAUGGAGAACUCAGAACCUACACAGACCCUAAAAACGCAGAGUUCUUGGAAUCCAUUAGCAGGGGGGAAAUUCCUGCGGAGCUCCAAAAAUUGGUUCAUAGAAGUCAAGUAAGUUUGGAUAUGGAGGAUCACAGAAGUGAAGAAUAUUUAAAGCACAAGUUGAAGUUUAAGGCAUUUUCUGGAGAUGGACAAAAAUUGGGAAGCCCCACUCCGACUAUAGUUAGCACUCCGUCUUCCCCAGAAGAGGAAUUCAAAUACUUUGUUAAUGUUUUGAACGUGAAUGAAUCUGAGCCAACUACCAACAUUCAAAUUCGUCUCGCAGAUGGGAGUCGCUUAGUGCAGAAAUUUAAUCAAACUCAUAGAAUUAGUGAUAUCCGCCAGUUUAUUAUUCAACAUCAUCCUGUCUUUGCCACUUCCUCCUUUGUACUGAUGACCACAUUUCCAAAUAAAGAACUGACAGAUGAAGAGCAAACUCUGCAAGAAGCCAAUUUGCUAAAUGCGGUGAUUGUUCAGCGUUUGAAGUAACUUCACUUUAGAUUAUGUAAGACCAUACAGAAUAGAACAAAGCUUGCAAAUCUUUCAAUGCACUGAAACUGAGUUGAAUGGCAAACACUGAUAAAAUGGCCAUUAUAUUCCUAAACAUUUUAGCACAUAAAUGAGGUCUGCUAUGGCUUGCAGCAAGGGAUUAUCUUCAUUGCCUGUGGAAAACUAAUGGGAACAAUGAAGUAAACAUAAAGUGAACUAUCAUUAUGUGCAAAACUACUAAUUCUCAAAUGUAAAUCCUUGUCUGUAUUACUACCUAGAAAUGUUUAACGGUAACUGAAAUGUUCAAGCUAUAUUAAUAUUGGAUCCUUGUUUAAAACUACCACUGUUUCUGAAAGGUUUAAUUAAAUUAUUUUCCAAAAACAACAAUCAUGCAUCUGGAGAUAAUGUUAUCCACAUAAUUAUGCAUGUGAAAAGUUGUAUACAUGUUUACAAUAUCCUUCUGAUGUCAGAGCUAGAAAAUUUUUUAAAAACAUCUUGUUGGCAAUGUUACUUAUAGAAUGAUUUGUUCUUCCUGUAUUCAAAACAUCUGUCAUGAUUAAUGUUGCUUCUGUUCCUAAUCUAGCAGUUUCCAUGAGAUGAAUAUUACCAGCUCUCAAAAAUAGUACUUUGAAAAUGACUGUUGCAACAACUAUGAGACUCUUCUUAAAAUUAAAACCUGAAUGAUGAAAUUUAGUAAUUUCAAAACAAGGCAUAAUCUUAAUUAAAUUAUUGAAUUAAUAAAAUAAUGUUUAGAAGUUCUGGUUCUUAGAAGGACAAGCAAAUGGUCUUAAAAAGAUGUAGAAAACAAAGCCUGAAGCAAAAUAUGACAGGGAAAUUAAAAAAAAAACAAACUCUUGGAAUUGCUCAGAAGACAUGAUUAUGUUCAUUAGAAAAUCUAAUAGAAAUACCCAUAAGACUAUUUCAUGAAUGAGUAAGUUGAAAGGUUGAGAUCACUGAUAAAUAUGCAAAUACUAGCACAAAGUUUGUGUUUACAAAUACAAUAUAUUAACAUACAAUAACAGACUAUCCUUGACCGUUCAAGCCACGCCCAACAUUUGGUAGAUAACUCUCUUUAAAAUGAAUUAAGUUCUAAGGGAUUUCUGUGGAAAAUCAAAAAAGGGGAGUGAUGAAUUUAUUGCUGAUGUAGAGAGCCACAGGAAGUAAUAAGUAAUCAGAAUGGAGGGUUGCAGAAGCAUUUAGCACCAAAGCUCAUUCUUAUUGAUCCUGGUCAGAUCAUUGUUUUCCUGCCUAAACCAAGGAAUUGAUUGUGGACAUCAGGAUGGGGGAGUCAGAGAACCAUACACCAGUCUUCAUUGAGGGGUCAGCUGUAGAAAGGGUGGACAGUUGCAAGUUCCUGAGCUCAACAUCUUAGAGGAUUUAUCCAAGGCCCGACAUACUGAUGCAAUCAUGAAGAAGUCACACACAAAAUGCUGGAGGAACCCAGCAUCUCGAGCAGCAUCUAGGGAGAGGGAUAAGCGGGCAAUGUUUUGGGCCAAGACCCUGUAGAAGGCAUGCCAGUGGCUAUACUUCAUUCAGAGUUUGAGGAGAUUUGAAAGCCACCAAAGGCUGAUGCAAAUUUCUAUAGAUGUACCAUGGACAGCAUUCUAACUGGUUGCAUUCACUGCCUGGUAUGGAGGCUGCAAUGCACAGGAUCAGAAGAAGCUGCAGAGGUUGUAGAACUCAACUAUCUCCAUCACCAGCUCAAUCUUCUCCACCAUCGAGAACAUUUUCAAAAGGCGGCAUCCAUCAUUAAGGACCCUCACCACUCAGGACAUGCCCUGUUCUCAUUUCUGGGAUCAUGGAGGAAGUACAAGGGCCUGAAGAUUCACACUUAACAUUUUAGGAACACUUUCUCCUCUACCAUCAGCUUUCUGAAAAGUCCAUGAACACUACCUCGCUAUUCCUGUGUUGCAUAAUGUAUUUAUUUUAUUAUAAUGUUUUUGUCUUGCACUGUAUAGCUAUCACAAAACAUCAAAUUUCAUGACAUAUAUCAGUAAUUAAUA